AUGCUCAGGCUGCCGGCAAUCAAAUGCAAGAAGGGAAUGCGGAAGGACCCUAACGAUCCGAUCUCCUUCCUCUGUGCCUGGCUGGCCCUUGUGCCACAGGCCCUCUGCAUAGUCUACGCCACGCUGAUAUGGUCAUCACGCGAAGCCGAGGUCGCCCUCAUGUUCGCUGGCCAGCUGGGCUGCGAAGCUGUCAAUUUCAUACUGAAGCGUAUCAUCAAGGAGGAGCGCCCACCGAAAAUCCAGAUCACAGGCAAGGGAUAUGGCAUGCCGAGCAGCCACGCUCAGUUCGUCGCCUUCUGGGCCGUGUCUCUCACCCUCUUCUUGCUGGUGCGCCACCGACCUAGUGCCAAGACCCAUCGAUUUCGUAGGAGGGACAACGGUGGUGGAGCCGGCGUUGUGAAGGGCAAUGGUCAGUGGGUGACGGCUGCGGACGUGGAGAGAUACGCACAUCGGCCAUGGUCAAUGCUCGAGAGAGCAGCUGCCAGCCUCGUGGCACUUGUGCUCGCAGGUCUUGUGGCUUGGAGCAGGGUUUAUCUAUGCUAUCACACCGGCAAGCAGGUGAUGGUCGGAAGUCUGGCAGGAGCCUUGACCGCCGUCGCGUGGUUUGUAAUCACCGCUGUGGCAAGGCAAGUUGGCCUCCUUGCUUGGGCAGUUGACCAACCCGUUGCGCGAUGGUUCAGAGUCCGCGACUUGGUUGUGGGAGAGGAUCUCUGCCAAGCUGGGUGGGAGAAGUGGGAGGACCAAGUGUUCGCUGCAGAACAGGCCAAGAAGAAAUGA